AUGUCGGAGAAUCAGGCCUUGCUGGGCCCUAAACCAAAAGUGACCAGUUCGCUGGUAUUUGCAACAAUAGUGGUAUGCUUUGGUUCAAUUCAAUACGGGUACCACAUGGCAGAAUUGAAUGCUCCGGGACAAGUACUGUCGUGUACGGAGUUCAUUGAGCCGUGGCCAGAAGCGGGCCCCUACGCAGACACAUGGUUUGGGAAGCAUGGUUUCCAGCAAUGCUUGCCACUCACAGAGGAGCAGAUGGGGUUCGCCACGUCGAUCUUUUCGAUUGGAGGGCUCGUGGGAUCGCUUUACGCGGGCCGCGUCGCGGACCGCUACGGCCGGAAAAAGUACAGCUUCACCAACUGUGUCAUCGGGAUCAUCGGUUCCUUGCUGUUGUUUCGCGCCAACAGCUACGCGCAGCUCAUCGCCGGUAGGUUCAUCGCGGGGAUCUCUUGCGGUAGUUGCAUUGUCGUGACCCCCUUAUUCAUUAAUGAGAUUUCACCAAAGGAGCUUCGCGGCUCGCUCGGCUCUAUGAACCAGGUCUGUAUCAAUGUUGGGAUCUUGCUCACGCAGCUCCUGGCCCUCAAGUAUGCGGACUCCUAUCGCUGGCGCUGGCUUAUGCUUGCAGGCGCAAUCUUGGCUCUGAUCCAGUUCCUGCUUCUUUUCAAGAUUGACGAAUCACCUCUAUGGCUAGCAUCUAGGGGCGAUCUCGACGGGGCCGAGCACGUACUACGUGGCUUACGCGGAGGAGAUCGUCGCAGGUCGCGGGGCGAAGUUGACGAAUGGCUACAAUCGCGCGGCUCCUCAAGACCAGCAACCGGCUCCGCCGACUACACACAAAUGAAUUCGCACGCUUCACAACAAUCCGCUUCUCCAGAGUCAGUCACCAGCUCCUCGUCGCAACAAGAUGUUUCUGUCAAGAACUACUUCACCGAUCCACGCUACUCCAAAUCGCGGUGGGCUAUUACUGUGAUCCUUGUUAGUCAACAGUUCUGUGGUAUCGGCUCUAUUAUAUUUUAUGGAGUGAAGCUGGUUAGUGGACAGCUUCCCCAGUACGCUGUUUUGGUCAACUUUGGCAUUUCUAUUCUGAAUGUGGUAGUCACGCUUGGCGCGUCGUCUCUGGUCGAUCACUGGGGCCGCAAGCCACUAUUGACAGCUUCUGCAGGCGCUAUCUCCAUAUCCAGUAUCUUUCUCUCGACAGGAAUCGUCACCAAUAACGCGGCUAUGCUGGUAGCGUCAACCUUUAUGUACAUUGCUGUUUUUGCAAUUGGGCUGGGCCCUAUCCCAUUUUUGGUCAUCUCCGAGCUUUCUCCACCUGAGGCCAGCGGAAUUGCACAAAGUUAUGGAACUACGUGUAACUGGAUUGGUACUUUCAUUGUGGGAUAUGGGUUUCCAAUUCUCAACGAGUGGCUGCACGGCUACUCAUUCCUAGUAUUUGCCGCUUACGCUGCAGCGUUCACACUGUACAUUCAUCUGAAAGUGCCCGAAACAAAGGGCAAACAGGACUACGAUUUGGUAUGGAAUUAA